UGUUUCUACGUUUUUAACGUUAAAUCUAAGGUUUAAAAGUAGAGAAAGAUGGAAAUGGAGAACUGGAAGGGAGAGGGGAUGGAGAGGCACUUCUGGCCGCCGAUGUUUCUGGACCCGAGUUACCGGUGGGAGGACUACAGUGUGGGGAGGGGGGUGACAGUACGGCUGCUGGCGGUACAGGACGGUGGCGAGGGCAAAACUGCUUCCUGUUUGACAGGUUGUUGUCUGAGUAGAUCGAUUGUGUGAGGCAUGAAGCCUGAAGGUCAGAUGGUAUGGCCCGCUGCCAGGGUUUUAUCACAGUACAUUGUGGACCAACCAGAGCUGGUGCAGACUAGGACGGUACUGGAGCUUGGAGCAGGUACAGGUCUGCUAGGUCUAGUUGCUGCCAAACUAUCACCCUGUCCUAGAAAGGUGGUCCUAACUGACAACAACAUGACUACGUUGGACAUGAUGGAAGCAAACAUUGAAGAAAACUUCCCCACCCAAACAACGAUUCCACGCUGUGCCCACCUCCACUGGGGAGAAAACCUCGACAAAUUCCUCAGCGACCAUGGGAAGUUUGACGUGAUCUUAGGCGCAGAUGUGAUCCUCUGGACACAGUACAUCCGUCCGUUGUUCAAAACUGUAAAGAAUCUCCUCUCUCAGACAGAAACAGCCAUGUUUCUCCUGUGUUACCAGUGCAGAUAUACAGAGCUUAAAGACAAAGUGUACGAGGCAGCUAAAGAGGUAAAUCUACUUGGCAAAGAAAUUCAAAUACAAGAAAAUGCAACCUUUUCAGAGCUGGAGGAUAAAACAAAGGACACCCUUCACCUGAUUAAGUUCUGUCACCAGUUUGUGAACAAGUGUGAAACAAAUGCAGUAUGUAGUACCAUUUGAUGACAUUAUGAUAUGCACUUAAGAUACAUUACACUAGUGAAGUUGUCUAUUUUCUUGGAGGAUCAGAGAAACAUUGUGAUAUUCUGACUUUUCUUGUCCUAUACUUUUGCAAAUUUUACAAAAAAGGUGAUAGGAAAUAGUUUCAUCAGAUAGUUUUUACAAUAAUAAAGAAAGGAAAUAUUUUGCCUGUCAAUAAACAAUUUUACAAAGAAUUCAAAUUGGAGUGAUAUAGAACUUUGUGAUGUUGUAGUCACAUUUUACCAGAGUGAUAUCCUUAAGGCCAUUCCAAUUUGAUUUGUUGACUGUCAGAUUUAUAAAAAAAUGCUUAACUUCACAAACAACAUAACAUCCUGAGGACUCUGCCUUUUAUACAUUGGUGCACUCAGUUUUAAAAAGUGAUUACAAAGUUUACCUUCCUGCCCUGUAUUUGUAUGAUGUCUGCUUCCUAACUUUGUAAUACAGUGAAGUUUUUUUGUGCUGCUAUAUAUGUUUGUCCUGACUAUAUUCUUGUAUACUGGUAUCCAGUAAUACAGAAUAACUUUGAGAUUUUUUACUCUGUGCUGAAAUUGUUGCAUGUUUUUGCCUGAGAUUGUAUGAACCACCAUUGUGUGUGUUGUGGAUUUGUGGGGUUAUUAUUGAUGCUCUAACUAUCAGUUCAUGUGUUUACUAUUUGAUUGUUUGUGCAUCAAAAAAUGUCUUUUAUUUUGUUGUCAUUGUCAAAGUUGCAGUGGUGCAGUGCAUUAUAUAUUUUAUGUUUUAGUUCUUCUAUUCUGUGUAGAGAGGUGCUAUUUUGCUUUUAGAUUGUACUGUUUGUUACAAAAUAUUGUUAUCCAGCAUUUGUUCUUUACUUGUGGUGAACAUGUAUUGUUGCAUUGACUGUCAGAUUUUGGAGCUUCAUCAUUGUACUUUAACUAAUCCGCUAUGGAAGUUUAAAUAACUGAUAAUGCAAGGCAGCUCCAAACUGCUAGGGGGCACAUGUGCAUCGGCCCAGGAGCCAUCAGCCAGUAAUGGACAGUUUUAUCUUUUGUAUGUAAAUGAUAUUGUGAUACUCUAUCCUUCAAUUCCUGUAUGUGUUUAAGAUGAAAAUUGUUUCAUCUAUGGUACUUCUGAGAUUGUUUUGAUAUAAAGAGAAGUAGUCUCUUAGCACAUGUGUGUUGUAUAGUA